AUGAGAAUUAUCCAAUCUACUACUACGAAUACUACUACUACUACUACUACUGGUAGUAGUAGUAGUAAUCAACCGGACGCUCUACUUAUCAACUUAUUAAAUCAAUUAACAUCCUAUCGUUGUAUUGUAUUACAAAAUCCUAUUCAUCAUUUCAUCUAUCUACCACCGUGUAUUUCAAUUCCAUCUUAUGCUAAUGUCAACGAUAUGUAUCACAGAUUAAAUUUAAUGAAACACAAUGAGAAUAAUUAUGCAAGUAAGUUAACAACAAAAAUAGAAAUAGAUUUAUUCAAUUAG